AUGGAAUUCUGUCAUCAAGGGCACAACAUCAAGCUGCAAGGAUUGAAGCAAACUGAUUCACAUCUCAUUGAUGGUGACCAAUUUCUUAAAACCCCAAUCAAAAAGGGUAUGUUGGUUCAUAUUUCAAACCCUUCAUCACUGGAGAAACAGGUUGCAUUACCUGUGGCAGUAAUUGAUCUACUGCAAGAUUUUUCUCAUGUUUUUGAUACUCUAGUAGGCUUGCCUCCUCUCAGGGGUCAUGAACAUCAUAUUACCCUUAAAGAUGGAGUUCAACCAGUCUGCCAGAGGCCAUACAGGUACCCUUUUUAUCAAAAGAAUGAGAUAGAAAAAAUAGUUAAGGAAUUGUUGUCUGCUGGAUCUAUAAGGAAUAGUUGCAGUCCCUUUUCAUCUCCUGUUUUGUUGGUGAGGAAGGCAGAUGGCUCUUGGCGUAUGUGCAUUGAUUAUAGGCAGCUUAACUUGAAUACCAUUAAGGAUAAAUUUCUAAUACCUGUUAUUGAUGAAUUGCUGGAUGAGCUGAAUGGUGCUUGCAUAUUUUCUAAACUUGACUUAAGGUCAGGAUAUCAUCAGAUUAGGAUGAGUGAGGAAGACAUUCCUAAAACAGCCUUUAGGACUCAUGAGGGGCAUUAUGAAUUUCUGGUUAUGCCCUUUGGACUCACUAAUGCUCCUUCAACAUUCCAGUCCCUAAUGAAUCAAGUGUUUAGACCCUACCUUAGAAGGUUUGUUCUUGUGUUUUUUGAUGACAUUCUGGUGUAUAGCAAGUCCCUGGUUGAACAUGUUUCUCAUCUCAAAACUGUAUUGGAGGUGUUAACUAAGGAGAAGUUAUUUGCAAAGAAAUCCAAGGGUGUCUUUGCUUGUGAAGAGGUGGAGUACUUGGGCCACUUGAUUUCUGGUGAAGGAGUAAGGACAGAUCCUAAGAAAACAAUGGCAAUGCAACAAUGGCCUACUCCAAAGGAUGUUAAGGCCUUGAGGGGAUUCCUUGGUCUCACAGGGUAUUACAGGAAAUUUGUGAAAGGGUAUGGGCAGAUUGCAGCACCACUGACAGCCCUUUUGAGAAAAGAUUCUUUUGCUUGGACUGAAGAAGCUGAGAUGGCAUUCCAGAAUCUCAAGUCUGCUAUGUCCAAUCCACCUGUCUUAGCUCUUCCAAACUUUGAUAAACUAUUUGUGGUGGAGUGUGAUGCUUCAGGUGUUGGGUUGAGAGCUGUGUUAAUGCAGGAAGGGAGAGCUAUAGCAUUUCACAGCCAGGCUCUUAAAGGCAGGAGUUUAGCUUUAUCAACUUAUGAAAAGGAACUGCUAGCCUUGGUCACUGCUGUGCAAAGGUGGAGGCCAUACCUGGUUGGAAACUCUUUUCUGUUAGCUCAACUUAAAUCCAGUUAUGCUACUGAUUCCCAUGUUAUGAGUAUUUUGGAAGCUUUUCAAACAGGGAAGGAGGGUCCUAAGGGAUUUAGUAUGCACAAUGGGCUGCUGUUGUACAAAGGUAGGAUGUAUGUGGGGUCAUGUGAAGCCUUAAAAACAGCUAUUCUGCAGCAGGUACAUGAUGGACCAUGGGGGGGACAUUCUGGGGUCCUUAAAACUUUGCACAGGGUUCAAAGGGACUUCUAUUGGCCCGGAUUGAAGUCAGAUGUGAGGAAAUAUGUUAGGAAGUGUGACACUUGUCAAAGACUCAAGCAUGAAACAUGUCAUCCAGCAGGUCUACUACAGCCCUUGCCUAUCCCAGAGAGACCUUGGGUGGCUGUGAGCAUGGAUUUUGUUGAAGGCUUGCCAAAAUCUCAGAUGAAGGAAGUGGUGAUGGUAGUGGUGGACAGGUUCACAAAGUUUGUUCACUUCAUAGCCUUGUCACAUCCCUACACUGCUUCUAAAGUGGCAAACUUGUAUCUGCAACAUGUGUUUAAAUUGCAUGGGAUGCCUACUUCAAUUACAGAUGGCCAAAUAGAGGUUGUGAACAAGAGUCUUGAACACUAUCUGAGAGCUUUUGCAGCUGACAGACCAGCCACUUGGGUGGAGUGGUUGCCACUUGCUGAGUAUUGGUUUAAUACCAACUUCCACACCUCACUCAAGCUCACUCCUUUUGAAGUAGUGUAUGGCUAUCCUCCUCCACGAUUGAUGGACUACAUUGCUGGUACAACAAAGAUUGAAGGAGUGGAUGCUCAUUUGAGGACUAGACAGCAAUUGACCUCUUUACUAAGGCAGAAUUUGGUAGCAGCACUAGACAGAAUGAAGCUAUAUUCUGACAGGCAUAGGGCUGAGAGAAGCUUCUCUGUGGGGGAUUGGGUGUUCCUAAGACUCCAACCUUACAAACAGAAGUCCCUUAAGCACCAUCAGUUGAAGAAAUUAGCUCCUAAGUUCUAUGGACCAUUCCAGAUUUUGCAGAAGGUUGGAGAGGUGUCAUAUAAAUUGGAUUUACCUCCAAAUUCUAAAAUUCAUCCCACCUUCCAUGUAUCUUGCUUGAAAGCUAAGUUGGGUCAACAUGUGGUCUCAAUUCCCACUCUACCACCUAUUGAUAUGGAAGGGGCAGUCAUCACAGAGCAUGUAGCUGUGCUUCAGGAAAGGUCACACCAGCUUCGAAAUAGGACCAUCACUCAAGUCCUAGUUCAGUGGCAAGGAGAAGGUGUUGAUGAUGCUACUUGGGAGAAUUUAUAUGUGAUGCAGCAGAGGUUCCCUCACCUUGUGGGCAAGGUCUUUUAA